GUGGUGGUGCAGCGCGUGGGCUGGCGGUGUGCAGCGCGAGGAGGCCAUCAGCACCCGCGCCGCCUCGCGUCACUCGCUCUCGUCGCGUUACGUCCCGGCUCGUCACUCUCGCUCAUCUCAUCGUCUUCUCGCUGGUGGUGGUUGUUGUUGUCGUCGUGCGUGCCUGGAUAGUGCUCCGCUGCCGCCAUGGCUUUGGAAGGAUGCAACGCGUGCCUGAAAUACUUGAUGAUCAUCUGGAAUUUUCUGAUCCUGCUGCUGGGUCUGGCCAUACUCGGGAUAGGAGUGUGGGUGGUGGUCGACAAGGACUCCGGAAAGUUCGUGGACGACAUGGUGGACUCGAACCUGAUCAUCAACUACAGCCGCGUGUCCGACUCCAACCUCUUCGAGCUCACCGGUUACCUGCUCAUCGGUCUCGGCGUUGUUGUCGUCGUCAUCGCGCUCCUCGGCUUGUGUGGAGCCUUGCGAGAGAGCCAGUGUCUGCUGGGAACGUGUUUUGUCGUCCUCUUCCUCAUCUUCGGAGCACUGCUGGGCGUAGGAAUAUGGGUCUACAUUGAGAAAGACAACAUGGACGUCGACAAUGAAAAGCUGUAUUAUUACCUGAAAGAGGUCCUGGAUGAAGCCGUGGAAAACUACGGAAAAGAUGAGGAGUCGAAGAAAUUCAUGGACGCCGUACAGAAAAAGUUUGACUGUUGCGGCUCUGAGAGAGGCUUUCCUGACUAUGGCGCCAUCUCUCCCGGCUUGGCAGCAUGUAUCACCAACCUCAAUCAGCCAUGCCUGCCCAGGUAUAAGCAGUAUGUGGAGGAGCGCAUCGGUCUCAAGCAGUUUUUCUCGGGCCGCAUGACCGUCACCGUGGCUGUGGCGCUGGGCCUCGCUGGCGCUCUGGUACUGGCGAUGGUGUUCACACUCAUCCUGUGCUGUGCUGUACGGCGCUCUGGCUCCUACUAGUCUCCCUUCUCACCAUCAGCUCCUCCCUCCACUCCAUUUCAGCAUACUGCGUUUUCUGGCCUUGACCUGAGGGUCGUGCAGGGUUACCGUCAUCAGCAGUUCAAGGACGACCUUGCAGCAAGGAUGCGUCACCUUUCCUCCGUGCUGCAGUGUCGAAAUAAAUUAACUUGGACUGCACAAAGUCUGCAUCGCCAGCAACAACAGCUGAGGAAACAGGAGCAGAAACAUCAGAGCAUCAAAAAUUAGAGAAAAAAAAAAUUGUUUUGAUGUCCAGCGAAGGAAGAAGAGCUUCUGUCAGUCAUUCAUCGAGCAUAGAGAAGAAAUCCUUUCCUUGUGUUUCUGUAUGAUUUGUAGAACGGGCCUCGAAGAGUGCAGUUACUUUCUGAAACUCUGAAGUUUGUUGUGGUUAUUUGUUAUGUUCAUGUCAAUGGGGCUGUAUUCACGAGGUAGCUGUAAGUGUUAAAGCCUGGGCCUGCAUUCAAUAGGUGACAGUUAACUAUCUCUUAGGAGAGGUGAGACAGUCAUAACAUUAGGCAGUGGAGUGGACAGUCUUCCUUUUACUUGCUAAAGUCGGUGCUUGCUCCACAUAAUUUGCCGGAAUUUUGUCGUAGUGAGAAACACUAUUCAUUUUAAAAAUAAAAGUUUUUUUUAUUGUGAGAAAGUUGGGUCUUGUGAUAUCACAUAUCCUGCUUUGCUCUACAAUGACUGCUGACAACUGGUACUUACUAUGCUAUUAACUAGUCCUGCUGCUUAACCAUUACUAGUAUGUGAUUUUGCCACUAAUACUGCGCUAAAGCACGUGUAGUAUGUGGUUUUGCCACUACAUAUUUUCCUGUUGCUAAAAUCAUUGCUCAUUACAAAUGAAAUUAAGUGAUAAUAUAAGUAAUAGCAACUUGACUAUCAAGACCACAUUUGGCAGUGGAAGACACAGAGGUGCCCGUGAUUGAACAACAUGAUAAGUGUUUGUCAUCUAAGUCGCUGUAAACAAUACAUUAAGACCAUCAUUUUUAAGCAAUGAAAUUAGAAAUAUUACAGCCUAUAUAUAGAUAUAGCUGUUAGUGAUUAGACAGCCUUACACUUGUGCACUUUAUUUGCUCAAAAGAUACCAGAGGGUAGGGCCUAUUAUGUAAUUUGCCUGCCUCCUUGCCCUGAAUACAGGUUCCUCAGAUCUCACAUGAUUUCUCAUCUUAAUAUUCCAUAGUCAUUCUUAGGAGUAUUCCAGUUGUCAGCUCAGCUGUCCAAUCUACAUCUGAUUUUCUGUUAUGGCAUUCAUAAUACUACUGACCAAAAACACUUUAACACAAAGAUAAAACACAUUUAUCAUGUUUGCCAUGAGUAUACCAUGUUUAUUGUGAGUUAUUAGAAGACAUUGUGAAAAUGGAGACAUGUUUAUUAUGUGUAAAUAGGAGGCAUGUUUUUUAAUGAGAAUAAGGCAUUUAUUAUAAGCAGGAAUCCUCAAUACUAUAAGUUAAUAUAAAAAUGAGGAAUUUGAAACUGUUUUGAUAACAAGGAAGUGAACGUGAACCAUUUAUUGGGGUAAGCAAGACUCCACCGGACUGUUAUCAUGACAAAAAGUAUAAAUUGGAGAUAUAUUUUAUUUUAUCAUAAACAGGAAGUAAGUUUAUCAUAGCAGGUAGGAAAUGUUUAGUAAUGUUGAACAUUAAAUAAGUAGGAGGCAUGCUUAUCAUGAGAAAAUAGCAACCAUUUGUCAUGUCAUGAGUUUUGUUUGUGUCUUUCUUUUAAAUAAUCGUGUGUGUUGUGAUUAUAGUAUUUUAGAUGAUUGACAAACUUUUAAAUUAAUUUAACCCCUAUGUUUGCUGCGCAGGGAGCCACCAGGGAAAUUGUGUAAGAAAGGGGAGCAAAAUGCUAUUAGGGGGAGAUAAUUCUAUUGCUUUGUGAUCAAAUCUUACUUUCAAACAGAUGCUUUAACUGUCCAAAUGUUCGGCUGGAGAACACUUUGUUCUUACAUUGACAUUCAAUUUUCUGGGCAGUUUGCCAAUAUUAAAACACAAUUAUUACUUUUUGAAAUCAAAUUUUAAUCUUUUUUCUACAAUUUUUUGCCUUAACUCACAAUUCCGGUGCAGUUCCUGAUAAAAAAUCAUUUGGGUGUUACAGUCUAUGCAUGCGUUAACCUUUCGUUUCAUGAAAAUGUUUCUUACAUUUUUUCAGUUAUUUUAGCAUGAUUGUGUAAAAGUAUAUUUUUAUGCAUUAUCAUUACUUCCAUUAAAAACCAUUAGGUGUGUGUCGUGAAAAUACAUAAUAAUCACUACUGGUGGUAAGCAGAAGAUUAGUUGGUUUAAUUUAUUAAAAACUAUUAAAAAUAUUGGUUUAUUGAAAAGCAUCAGGGCUUGGUACAUUACAGAACUAAUAUUGACAAAGAAAUCCAUAAAUAUCUCAUCACAAAGCUCUUGCAGAGAUCUGGUGUAUACAUACAUGUACAAAUUAAUUGCAAGUUUCUGCUGAAACACGUUGUGAGAUAAAUACCAGGUGAAUAUAUUGAGAUAUGCUCAUCAAUUAGCCAAUCAGUCAAGGGGUACUUCAAAAGCCUAUAAAAUCCAAUACAUCAUGAGCAAAGGUUAUUCGUAGGAGUAGCUUUGUCCCUGUGUUGUUUGUUUUUUAUUGUUGUCUAUCAAAUUGCUUGUUCUGAGACACUAUGCAAUAAGAGUACACUGAGCAUGCAAGUGAUGAGGGCCUGGGGAAAGUCCACUGACUUUCUGUCAUCUGUGUCCAGAUAAUCUAGACAUAAGUCACUUGUGCACAAGCUCCUCAUAAUAAACUGUAGUUCUGAGAUGAUUAUAAGGCAAACAUUUAUAGUUAUAAUUCAAGGACUGUUCUUUUGUAAAUUACUCUGGCUAGGUUAAUAAGAACACCUUUGUAAAGUUUAUUUUAAUAAAGCUAAAAAGCCCACCUAUUUUAUUAUCAAUGGUUUAGAAAAGCAUGUGGGGGAGGGGUGUAGACUAAACAUGUACCAGUUAACAGAUCAAGUAUCAUCAGUGACAAUGACUUUUAGAUAGCUUGUGACCUUUAACUCACUCCUGUUUAUCUAGACUCACAGAGAACCAAAUUUCAGGAAAACAGAUCAAAUAUUUAUACCAACAUACCUCUUUUGCACAGUGCUCUUCAACUUUGCAGGAAUUAAUUCACUUGUUUUGUAUACAUUGGAUUGUAAAAUACCAGUCACUUUAACGAUCAUUGCCAGUUUGCUUCUAAUACUAGCUACUUCUGCUGCCAGUCACCUUAAUUCUAAAAGCAAAUUUAGAAAAACUGGUUGUAUGUUUUUGUGUAACAUGUACUUUGUUACUAAGUAUAAUGUGAAUUUUAUGUGGAUUUUGUGAGAAAAUUGUUGAUUUCUUGUUAAGCAUGAAUAAAACUAUUGUUUGAUAUUAAAAUGUGUGUAACUGCUUA